AUGGAUUGGGUGCCGGGCACUCGAGUGGCCGUUUACAUGGCCUCAAUUCUCUCAACAUGUUCGCUCGUCGCUUUGGUAAUUGUUCUACCGCUGGCACACACGUAUAUCCGACAACAAACAACGGUCAUGUUGGCACAAGUUGAUUUGUGUAAGAUGGAAUCCCGUGACAUCUGGAAACAAGUGACAGUGAUGCCGGGAGUCCGAAGUCGAGAAGCCCGUCAAGCGCGAAGAUAUUCAUAUGCGGCACGGGGAAGCGGCGCGUGUUGUGCGUGUACACAUGGACCGGCUGGAGAACGGGGAAAUGCUGGAGAGGAUGGGCAUCCUGGCAUGGAUGGAGAACCGGGCCAGGGUGGACGAGAUGGUCAUCCCGGUGUUUAUCUACCCGCUCCACCAGCCGAGGAGCGAGCCUGUCAAAAGUGUGCACCCGGAACACCCGGACCCCCAGGAAUGCCUGGGAAUAAGGGUGAACGAGGAGCACCUGGAAACCCGGGGAAAUCCGGCCGAAAUGGAGAGAAUAAUCGCGCUGGACCACCUGGACCACCGGGAGUUCGAGGUCCGCCCGGCCCACCUGGACCCAAAGGACCGAGAGGUGAUCGCGGAAAGGUACUCAAUGGUGCUCCACCAGGUCCACCCGGUCCAGCCGGUCAAAUGGGACCGAGAGGCCCGUCGGGAGGACGGGGAAACGAUGGAAAACCGGGAUUGCAGGGAAUGGGCGGAGUGCGCGGAGCCGUUGGCGAUAGGGGUGACUCGGGCGAAUCUGGCCUACCCGGUCCACAAGGGCCGAAAGGAGAGCAAGGAAUGCCGGGCACUUGUGCACACUGUGAAGGCGUGUCCAAGGACUCGAACCCAUCGACGGAUCCGGUGACCACUGAAGCCGCUCCACCAUCGGGUGAUACACCAGCAGGAAAGGGUGAUUCGGCGGGAGCUGCUGGAGCUGCUGGAGCCGGAGCCGGAGCCGGACAAUAUUGGUGGUGG